AUGGGUGACCGCUUAACACAACUUCAAGACGCUGUAGAUCAGCUCGCGCAACAGUUUGUCGCAUGUCUUCACUAUGUAAACAAGCGGCACGACCUUGAAAUCCUUAGUCCAAAUGACAAAAUCCGCGAAGUCAAAGAUAUCCCGAAAGAGGUCGAUUCCCUCCCUCCAGACGAGUUCCGUGCUGGUAUGGUAGAGCUAUCCCAGGAUCUCAUUGUCAAGGAGCAGCAGAUCGAGGUGCUUAUUUCGUCCCUCCCUGGCUUAGACAACAGUGAGAUGGACCAGGAGAGAUACAUCAAGGAGCUCGAAGAAGAUCUAAAGAUCGCCGAAGCCCAGCGCCAAGAAGCGAUCAAGGAGAAAGAUCAGAUACUGGCCGAACUGGACGGUGUGAUUCGCAGCAUCCGAAGACCUUGA